CGGCAUCGGGACGCCCCUACCGGGAAUGUUCUCUAGUUGUUUUUCAUGCUUUUGCAUAUGUGAUUAAGCUUUCAAAAUGACUCGAUGCCUCUUUAUUGUCUUGCUUUCUGUGGCUCUUGGAGAAGCAGGGAAACCAUUUCUCAGUCUCCUGAGUACAGGGAAGACUGACAUCCUGUUUUUCACAAAGACCCAAGAAACCGUCCUCGUCAGAUCAAGUUACAGAGACAACCGGCCCAACGCCAGCCACCUCUCUGUGCAGCUCCAAGACCCUAAAAUGCUGCAGGUGGUGAAUGUGACCAAGACCGCCUCGGAUGCCACAAACUUCAUCAUAAAGCUAGUGACAGAGGAAGAAGGAGAGACAAACCUGACCAUUCAACUGUGGGAUUCCGAAGGUAGGCAAGAAAGACUCAUUGAAGAAAUAAAAAAUGUCAGAGUCCGAGUGCUCAAACAAAGAGCAGCCGGCCUUUUCCAGGCAUCGAUGCAUGUGGAUAGAAACAUCCUAAUGCUUAUUCUGCCAAUGAUACUGUUAAAUAAAUGCGCAUUUGGUUGCAAGAUUGAAGCGCAGGUGUUUCAAGCAGUAUGGAAGAGACCUUUGCCAGUAAUUCUGGGGGCAGUUACCCAGUUUUUUCUGAUGCCAUUUUGUGGAUUUCUUUUGACUCAGAUUUUGGCAUUGCCCGAGGCACUGGCUUUUGGGUUUGUAAUGACCUGCACGUGUCCAGGAGGCGGUGGGGGCUAUCUCUUUGCUCUGCUUCUAGAAGGAGAUAUCACUUUGGCCAUUUUGAUGACAUGCACAUCAACAGUAUUGGCCCUGGUAAUGAUGCCUGCCAAUUCUUACCUGUACAGUAGGAUCUUAGGGUUAUCUGGUACAUUCCAUAUUCCUGUUUUGAAAAUUAUGUCAACACUUCUCUUCAUACUUGUACCUAUAUCAGCUGGAAUGGUCAUGAAGCAUAGAAUACCUGAAAAGGCAAACGUCCUGGAGAGGAUCAUUAGACCUCUGAGUUUUAUUUUAAUGUCCGUGGGGAUUUAUUUGACCUUCAGAAUGGGGUUAGUGUUUGUAAGGACAAUUAAUCUAGAGGUGCUUCUCUUGGGUGCCCUAGUUCCUGCUCUGGGUGUGCUUUGCGGGUACUCCCUUGCCACAAUCUCGAGGCUGCCUCUCCCUGUGUGUAAAACUGUUGCUAUUGAAAGUGGGAUACUAAACAGCGUCUUAGCUCUGGCCAUGAUCCAGCUCUCUCUCUCCCAGUCCCAAGCCGACGCAGCUUCUGUGGCUCCUUUCACAGUGGCUAUAUGCUCUGGCUGUGAAAUGCUACUGAUUCUCAUGUUCUACAGGGCAAAGAAAAGAUGUGCCCUUAUCACAGAAGAUAAAAGAAAAAAAAUCUCCCCUGAUCUAGCAAUCAAAGCAUGGCAGCAUUUCCACUUGGAAUGUGGUACUGUGGGAGAUUCAAAGAAUAUCUAA